AUGACAGACCUGCCCCGAGAAGAAGGAACUUUUGCAGGCAGGCACAUCAACAGCAUCAGCCAGGCCCCAUCAAUAACCUCACUAACACAGAACAACUAUUUCUCUAAUUAUGCUAAUUUAUUCAGACCCAUACAACAAGAUACCACAAGAUACAACAAGAUACAACAAGAUACCACAAGAUACAACAAGAUACCACAAGAUACAACAAGAUACAACAAGAUACAACAAGAUACCACAAGAUACAACAAGAUACCACAAGAUACAACAAGAUACAACAAGAUACCACAAGAUACAACAAGAUACAACAGCCUUCAACGACAGCCAGCCAUGUUCAACGACAUUGAAACAUUAAUACGAAUACUGAGAAACAUGAAACAGCAGCAAGACCGCAACCUCGUACAGACAGCAUCGGGGGCUUGCAAGUAUGGCGAGUAG